CCGUGCGGAGCGCGUCAAGCCCGGGCCUCCAGCAGCCCGAGGGCUAAGUCCGCUGCCCGGGGCCCCGGUCUGCCCCGUCCCCGCCCCGCGCGUCGCCGCCGCGAUGCCCGGGGACAGCCGAGCCGCGGGGACGCAUCGCUCGCGCCCGUCGUCCUCCGAGGAGCCGCCCGACCUGGAGGACCAGGAUCUUCUCCUGGCAGCUGCCUAUGUUUCUGACGCCCAGUACAACAGAAACGUUCCGUUUGAGACAUCCCCUCCGGCCAUCAGACUUUACCAUUUCUAUAACCACUGGACGAUGCGGGCAGCCACCUACUUCUUCAUCUGGGUCGACCUUGCGCUUGCCCUCUUUGAGGAACCAGCCGUGUUCCCGCUCCCUUUCUUGGUUACCUCAAUAGCAGAAGUGCUCUGUCUGACUGCCUUCUUUGGGAGACUUGUUCACUUUGCAAAAGUCACUCCUCAGAAGGUCUUCUGGAAGGAUACAAAAAACAUCUGCGUCAUGGUAACCAUAGUGCUGACCUUGAUUGAUCUGGUCAUCUAUGCAUCCCUGGAAGCUGUUAACAUCCGCGGAGUUCGAUGGUCAAGGGCCUUGAGGCCAGUCUUCCUCAUUAACUUCCCUGAAAGUCGUCAGAUCCGAAGGGCUUUCCGAAGCAUCCGGAACACUCUGCCCGACGUCCUCUACGUCUUCCUCUUGUUCCUCUUCAGUAUGAUGAUUUUCUCCCUCAUGGCCUUGAAGCUUUUCGGGGACAGGGGUCUCAGAACGGUGGAAGGGUCGCCGUACUUCACCAACGUCCUGGACAUAGCGUUUGAGCUCUACGUGCUGGUCACCACUGCAAACAGCCCUGACGUCAUGAUGCCUGCCUACGAGCUCAACUGGUGGUAUUCUCUGUACUUUAUCACCUACAUCAUCAUCAACACCUACCUCUUCAUGUCCGUCUUUCUGGCUGUUGUCUACAACAACUACAGGAAGCACCUGAAGAAUGAGAUUCACACACUGGCAUACCUGAAGCGUCACAAAAUGACGGAAGCUUUCAACAUCCUGAAAGUCAAGGUGGGCACAGUGUUUGUGGUGAAGGAGGCCCGGUGGAGGCAGCUGGUCAAGGUCGUGGCUCCAGACAUCAGCAGUUCCCACCUGGAGCUCCUGUUGAGGAUCUCCGACGAGGGACAGACGGGGCACGUGGACAAAAUGAACUUUCUACGCUUGGCUGACCUCCUCAACAUCCGGGUGGUCGCCAUCAACAUCAAGAGACACCCACUGGAAACUUGGAUGCCUCGGGUAUACCAGUCGUCCACAAGCCUCUUGGUCCAGAAGAUGGUUCAACACAGGAUUUUUGUCUGGGUUUACGAUGUCAUCAUUCUAAUAAACACCAUAUUCAUUGCUUUGGAUGAGAAAGACUCCUUAAUUUCCUACGCAGAAUGGCUUUUCCUUUCUCUGUAUAUCAUUGAGAUUCUCCUGAAAUUGUACACGUAUGAACCCAGAGCUUAUUUUGGAAGGAAUCAGUUCUGGAACUGGUUCGAUACGUUGAUCAUCAUCGCAGCCCUGCUGGCCACUGUGGCCAACACCACCAUUCAAGCGAGAAAAUACAACAGUCAGCAGAUACUGGAUAUUGUCUUGAUUUUGAGAAUACUCCGGCUCUUACGGGUCAUCGUCAGCAUUCAGAGGUUCCGGGUGAUCGUGACCACCUUAAUUAACAUUGGCCCCACAAUGCUGACAUUCGGCGGCCUGGUCUUGGUGGUCUACUAUGCAUUUGCCAUCAUCGGGAUGGAAGCGUUCCACGGCAAAGUGCACUUCUUGGACCCCGGUUCUGGCAGUCCUGAUGCCCUGGCGUGUGGGAACCCAGCCUUAAAAGACUCAGCAUUUGCCCGAGGCAGGUACUGCAAGAACAACUUCAACGACCUGGCGUCCUCACUCAUCCUGCUGACGGAGCUCACCGUGGUUAACCAGUGGCACAUCCUCGCGGACGGCUUUGCCCUCGUGACACACCAGGCAGCAAAGCUGUAUUUCAUCGGCUUCCACGUUGUGGUCGUCAUUCUUAUCGUGAAUAUUUUCAUAGCGUUCAUCUUGGAGGCGUUUUUUGUGGCCUAUUCGUUAGAAAAGAGUGAAGUGGAAACUGCUAUUGAGAAGAAGAUUCAGGAGCUUGGAGUGGGGGUCCAAGAGGAAGAAGUGCAGGACGGGGGGCUCAUUGACCACAUGGACACCAAGGACAGUGGCUUCAGUGCGGAUGAUGGAGACAACAGAAAGAAGGCCUUGAAAGGACUGUACUUUAGAAUUGCAUCAAAAAAGUACAAGACGGUGGACACUUUGCUGCAGCAGAUGUUUGAGUCUGAAAUAGCUCCAGAGGGUAAAGACCCUUCCUUGGAGGAGAUUCUGAACUUCUCACCCAAGAAGCCCAAUUUUGAUAACAGUGCCUGAUCCCGAGCCUGGAAACGUCCACGACUGGAAACCAAGAUAAGCUAUCGUCACUGUUCGCAUUUCCUACCUAGAGGUUACUUUCUCAGCCCAGGUUCCCAUUUGUGUUUUGAUAAGAUUUUGAGUCACCCUGCCCCUCCUGAGUCGUCGGCUCUGUGUGGUCCCACUGGGGUCAUGCUUAGAGCUGAUCAUAGAAGUAAGGAGAGGAAAAUCUAUAAGGAGUUUGUAGAGGGCAUUGCUCAUACAUGUAAGUCCUUUUGAUGGAUAUAUAAAAGAUUUUCUUUAUUUUUAUAUGAUACUUUGCUAUUUUACUAAAUGAAUACUGUGCUAUGGUGUUACAUGAAUGAAUUUAAAAUACCGAAAUAUGCUAAAGGAACAUGUCGUAGUAUGGUAGCUUUUAGAUCCAGUGUCUAUUCGAAAUGAAGAACAAUAUGAAUGUGAAGAUCAAAUUCUGUCACAAUUGCUUCUUUUUCAAGGGAGGCUCUCAAAAUUUCUUGAAUUAAAUUACAGUUAUAGCAAGAUUUUGAGUCGGUUGCUCCCUGAGGCCACUUUCCCAUUUCAAAUCUCUCAAUACAGUGACCUCCUCCUUCUGGGAAAUUAAAAGGAUUUAUUUUAUUUAAAGGGCUUCCCUGGUGGCUCGGAUGGUAAAGAAUCCGCCUGCCAAGCAGGAGACACAAGCUCAAUCCCUGGGUCGGGAAGAUCCCCUGGAGGAGGAAAUGGCAACCCACUCCAAUAUUCUUGCCUGGAGAAUCCUGUGGACAGAGGAGCCUGCUGGGCUGCAGAUGGAGUCGGAAAGAGUCAGACACAACUGAACGACUAACAUUUUUCAUUCUAUUUAAAACGUUUUUAAUUGUGGUAAAAUAGACAACAUGAAAUUUACCAUCAUAACCAUUUCUAAGUGCGCAGCUCAGUAGUUCUAAGUACAUUCAUAUCAUUGUACGACAGACCUGCAGAACUUCUGAUCGCCCCAAAGGAAGCUCUGUACCGUGAAGCAGUGACUUCCUCACACCCCCUCCCCAAGCCCCCGCUGGCCACCAUUCUGUUUUCUCUCUGUGACUCUGACUACUGCUGAUCACAACUGCGUCCUGAGUAAGUGAAUCCUCUCCAGAGGCGGCAGGGCAGGACUCCUGGUUCCUCUGCACCUUGUCACUGGCCCUGUCCUGAGCAAGGGGGUUGGCUGGCGAGGAGUACGGCUUCCUGACCUCAGGCCUCUGAAUGUCAGGGUGGCAGCUGAGCCUGGCCUGGGAGGGACCUUCCCUUGUUCUGAGGGUGACCUGGUGCACAGUGAAGGCUUCAGGGCCAGGACUCGGGCCGCACUGGUUUGCUGCCUGGCUCCCCACUGACCAUGCCACCUAAACUCUCUGGGCCCCGCAUCCUCACCUGCAAAUCUGGGGCAGAUGGUACCUCCCUCCCAGACUGUGUGGCCUGGGGAGGGGGCGGUGGUUGGAGCUCUGACAAUGUGCUCCAGACGGCGUUUAACCUUCUGGGUUAAAACCCAGAAAGCUGGUGUUCAGCGUUGGUGCUUGGAAUUCCAUCACCGCCACAAUUCCCAGCAGAUGGGGGCCUCGCUGACCCAUCUGUUGGGAUUUGUGGAGUCCUGCCAUCCAUGCAGACCUCUCUUAUUUCUUUGUAUAUUUAACAUUUAUCAUUAUGUAAAGGAUUAAGCUAAAUGGACUUAGUGGCAACUUAAUUUUUUAAAUUUGAAAAUAUGCUGGCCAUUUCUGUUUUUAAUUAUUUAGAAACGAUGCAGUCAUUGUAAAACAUUCAAUACAGAAAUAUAGCAAAAAGCCAGAAGUUGCUCUUUUCCAUGUUGUAAAGUUUUUACUUUGUGUUGGGGUGUGGCCGAUUAACAAUGUUUGAGAGUCUCAGGUGAGCAGUGAAGGGCCUCAGCCAUCCAUGUACAUGGAUCCACUCUCCUCCAGACUCCCCUCCCGUCCAGGCUGCUACAUGUUGAGCAGAAUCCCCCAUGCUGCAUGGCAGGUCCUUGCUGGCCAUCCAUUUUAAAUAUAGCAGUGUGCGCAUGUCCAUCCCAGCUCCCUAAGCAUCCCCUCCCCUCACCCUUACCCUCAGCCCCUCUCUCGUCCUCCCACUCACAUCUGACACCCUUUCCAGGGGAACCGCUGAAGGUGUGCUUAUCUUUCUGGAGCUAAACCUACCCGUUUACAGCCGUGGAUGUCAUGUGUGUUUAUACAUCGUUGCAUUUUAAAAACUUAUAUGUAUUCACUUAGGCUGUGCCUGGUCUUAGGUGCAGCACACAGGCUCUAAGUUCCUUGACCAGGGAUUGCACCUGGGCCCCGGCACUGGGAGCCAGAAGUUUUAGCUACUGGACCAGCAGGGAAGUCCCUGUAUCAUUGCGUCUUUUAUCCUAAAUGGGAUGUCAUGACGUUUAUCAUGUUUAAUUCAACGUCUUGCUUUUUUCACUUACUAAUAGUUGUUUCAUGUUGAAGUGCAGACACAAAUAACACACAGAAUGCUGUGGAGUGUUCCAUGCCAUCUGUGUCUCUUGAUUUAUUCACCUGCUCAUGGACCUAUGCGUGUUCCACAUGUUCAGUAUUAAUAGUGGAGGAAACUUUGUUACGUAACUUUUUUCAAGUGUGAGCCCUACAGGAGGAGUGGACUCGCAAGAGUCAGAAAGGACCCAGCCACCACCACCGCAGGAGGAAAGCAGGUCUCAGGGUCAGACGCCUAGGAUCGGGUUACCACUUUCUUGCAGCAGCCAGCGGGGCACCAUCCCGCCCUGGCAGCUGCCUACAGUGUAAGGCAGGGGACAAGGGGCAGGAGGGGUGGCCGCUGUGGCCACUUUCCUCCAGGUCUUUCUUCUACCUUUUAGGGGACUAGUCACCCCCACAUUUUGGCACCUGGGCUCCCAGCUGGGCACAUCAUUUCUCAGCUCCCUGGCGAGAGACACAGCCAACUUGACUGUGUCUGGUCUGUGGGCUGUGAGCUCAGCUGGGGUCCACAGCUCACAGGUCUUGCCCCUGGGAACGAUGUCCAGCUCUGCUGGGAAAUGGCAGCCACCAGAACAUCCAGGGAGCCUCUGUCCAGCACAGCAGGGUCAGCAUUAGCACAGGAUUGCCCACCCCAGACUGACGAGAGGUCACAAUCGCCUUUGUCUUCUCUAAGCUGCCUCGUGUGGGUUCUCUGUUACUGGAGCUUAGCCUGCCUGCAGCCGGACCAAUCCAGAAAUGGGUUCAUCUGAACCAUUCAGAAUAGAACCAAUGGGGCAGAUGGAUUGACUUGAUGAGGGAAAAGGAGGACCAAGGACACUGCUGGGACCAGAGAUGGAGAAGGUGUGGAGGAACAGCGUUGCAGGUGUGUUCACGUAUCAUGCCGAUGCUCAACCAUCUCUGAGCGCUUAUUUCUGAUAUGCCUGGGCCACACUUGUGGUUUCUUGGGUGCAUCUUAGGAAAAAGUACCUUUUGGAACUAUUGCCUUCGAUACAGAUAUAAUCCAAAGCAAAGAGGCACUGGUAGCAGGAAUCUCUGAGUCUCUGGGGGUAACCAGCGUUGUUCUCAGCUGGGGCUGGGAAUGUGGAGCAGGUGGCAGCAGUAGGGAACGGGAAUGAAUGGGAAAGACCUUGACCCAAGUGUAACUUAAGUGUUAGUCACUCAGUCAUGCCUGACUCUUUGCAACCCCAUGGCUUGCAGCCCACCAGGCUCCUCUGUCCAUGAGA